GAUACGUAACGGCGACCGUGAAUUGUGUUUAUCGUUUUGUUCCUGCCUCUUGGACUACUCUUGGUUACCAUUUUUUGACUUGGUCUUCGCAUGUUAUAAUUUAUACGUAUAUAAUAUUGUUCUGUACUUGUGUUUUGUCCGUACGCGUUAUUUGCACGGAGCACAACUCAAUUUAAAACGGUGUUGGUCGUUGGUGUACUUCGAAAUUUCUCCAUCUAUCCGUACUUUUUCGCAUCGUAUAUUGGUUUUGUUCAUCGACUAUUGUAUAUUACAUACGUAUAUAUAUUGUUCUGCACUUGAUUUUUGUCUGUACGCGUCAUAUACACAAAGCACAACUCAAUUUAAAUCGGUGUUGGUGUACUUCCAAAUUUCUCCAUCUAUCCGUACUUUUUCGCAUCGUAUAUUGGUUUUGUUCAUCAACUAUUGUAUAUUACAUACGUAUAUAUAUUGUUCUGCACUUGAUUUUUGUCUGUACGCGCCAUAUACACAAAGCACAACUCAAUUUAAAACGGUGUUGGUGUACUUCGAAUUGUUUCCAUCUUACACAUAAGCAUAUGGUAUAUGUGCAUAUAUUUAUAUAUUAUAUUCUCAUCUAUAUGGAUAGUAAAAAUGGUCUUCAUUGUUCAACUCCAGCCUGCAGCUAACUAUUUAAACAAUUGCAUACAAGUUAGGUAUAGGUACACAAAUAUUUAAAAUAUAUUCGUUAGAACUUUGCCCCACCACACCUCGCAUAAAGGUGUAAAUGAACAUGGAUAUUCAAUAAGUUAUAAAAUCAUACUCAAUACCAAUAUUAUAUUAUAUUUUAUUAUCCCUUCAGUAUUGUCAUUUUAACAAUCAAUUUUAUUAUGUAUAAUUUAUUAAAAUUCUCAUUGUAUUUAAUAGGUAUAAUAUACUAUUAAUAAGUUAUAAUAUUAUUAUAACUUAUUAAUAGUUGGUAAAGCUUAGCUCAUUAUAGUUCUUAUUUUUAUAUUAUAUUCAAUAUGUCUUAUUCUAAUGUAAGCAAAUCUACCAAACGCAGAAGGUUUUUAGAGGAUGUCGAAACCAUUAAUUUUAUAGUAGAAAAUCAACAAUCUCAAGUUUCACCACAACCAUCGAGUAUAACAUCCCGACAUACUGAAUCUAAUUUAACUAUAGAUGUUCAAAAUAAUGUAUCAUCAAUUAAUAUUGAUAGUAAUUUUUCCAUGUGUGAUACAACUUUUAUUGAACCUAAAUAUCCACUUCCAAGUAAUGACUUUUUAAAUAAUAACCACAAUAUAUUUAUUAAUGUGACAAGUUCUGAUUCUGAAGAUCAUCAAAGAUCAACUAAUAAUUUAAAUAAAAUUGCAGAUGAUAGUAAUGGUUCCAUUUUACCAUUAUCAUCUAAAUGGGCUGUAGAUCACAAUAUAACAUUGACAGCUCUCUCUUCAUUAUUAAAGGUUUUGAGGGUUCAUGACUGUUUCAAGUAUUUUCCGGUAGAUGCUAGGACUGUUUUAAAAACAAAUAAUAAUUCUCAACGUAAUACUCACACAAUUGUGCCAGUUCAGCCUGGAUUUUAUUAUCACUUUGGAAUUGCUAAUGGGUUGAAAUUUGACUAUAAUUUGAUGGGUAUUUUAAGCGAAAAAAUAAAACUAGUAAUUGGUAUAGAUGGCUUGCCACUUACAAAAAGUUCAUUUAGUAUGUUCUGGCCUAUACUUGGAUAUGCUCGGUAUUCUAGCAAACCUCGUGUAUUUUUAAUUGGUUUAUAUUGGGGAAGAGAAAAACCGCAUAGUAGCAAAUUGUAUUUGAAAAACUUGGUUGAUGAAUUAAAAGAUUUAUCUGAAAAUGGAAUGGUGUCUGAUUUUGGGAAAAAAUUUGUUACUGUGGAUACAUUUUGCUGUGAUGUCCCAGCUAAAAGUUUUAUAUUGUAUACAAAAGCUCAUAAUGGAUACUAUUCAUGUUUAAGAUGUACUGUAGAAGGUGAACGUGUCAACAAUACCAUGAGUUUUUUAGGUUCAAAUUUUCCAAAAAGAACACAUAUGGACUUUUUAAACCGAAUAGAUGAUGAACAUCAUAUUGGUGAAACAGUUUCCAUUUUAACUGAAAUUCCUCAAAUAAACAUGAUCGAUAACUUUAGUAUGGAUUACAUGCAUUUAGUUUGCUUAGGUAUAGUUAAAAAAUUAAUUUCAUUAUGGCUAGGUAUAUUUAAAAAAGCUCCUGUACAAGUUCGUUUACAAUCCCGAGAUGUAAAUAUAAUUUCUAAUCGUUUGUUGUAUGUUAAAUCAAGUAUUCCUUGUGAUUUCUCCAGAAAACCGAGACGGUUAAACUAAGUGGCCCGUUGGAAGGCCACUGAAUUUAGAUUAUUUUUGUUGUACACGGUUCCAGUGGUAUUGAAAGGUGUUGUGUCAAAUGAUUGCUUUUUACAUUUUGUAUGUUUACAUGUAGCUUUUAGAAUUAUUUAGUCUUCAAACAGUUCUAAAAAACUUGUAGAUUUCAGUGAAAAAAUACUAUUACAUUUUGUUGAGAAAUUUGAAGAAUUAUAUGGUGCCCAGUUUGUAUCACACAAUGUCCAUGGAUUAAUACAUAUAGUGGAUGAUUACAGAAAAUUUGGUUCUUUAGAUAAAUGUUCAUGCUUUCCGUUUGAGGAUUAUAUGAAGUUUUUAAAAAAAAUGAUUAGUAAACACGAAAAACCCCUAGAACAGGUUAUUAAUCGUUAUCAGGAGUUUAUGACAUUUAGUGAAUCUAAGUUAAGUUCUAAUUUAAGUAAUGAAGUUAUCUAUAAAAAAUUACAUAACAAUGGAUCUCUUCUUGAACAUUUAACUGCCCCUCAAUAUCAAAUUAUCAUAAAACAUAAUGUUAAAAUCAACACUAAAUCUAUCAGUGAUAAUUACAUAGGAUUUGAAGAGGAUAAAAAAUUAUUAAUUUUUAAAGUUUAUAAUAUAUGUCACAAUUAGUUAAUGGUAGAUAUGUAUUCUUAGUAAGACAGUUUAAGCAUGUUCAAUAUUAUUUUCUGAAACCUAUCAACAGCUUAAAAUUGGGUAUAGCUUAUGUCAAUGACUUAUCUGAAGAAUUCACCACUGUAGAUAUAGAUCUCACAAACUUUUUUAAAUAUGUUAUUUUAUGUGAUAGUAAUAAUAAAAAUAUUGCAUUUCCUAUUCUUCACUCUAAUGAUACUUAAAAUGUUACAUUUAUUAUUUUUAGUUUAAUAGUACUUAAUUAUAACUUAUAUUAUUAAUAUGUAAUUACUAAUGUAACUAUUUAUAUAUUAUGUAUUAUUUAAUUAUUUCAAACACCUUUGUAAUAUGAAAUUAUAUUUUUGUUUAUUGAUAGAGAAAUAAAUAUUAAUUAAUAUGACAAGUUAUUCAGUAGUACAUUUCUUUGAAGAUAAUUCUGUUGAGGCAGUACCAAGCUUUUGGGUAAAAAAAAUGGUACAUGUGCAUGGCCUCAAAACCAAUUGUCUGCAGCAAAAUUAAUCGAACGAAAAACUAUGCCAAAUGAAAUUGAUUUUAAUUAUUUUAAAGCAAGGAUUUAAAAAAACAAUAUUGAAUCUCUGAUAUCGGCAAAAGCGUAUGCAGACAAGACGGCUAUCUUUAGUGAUUUAUCUGGUGAAGAUGAUAAAUCAAAAAGAAAACUACUUGCAAAGAAAAAGACUCAGUCCUAUUCUGAUUGUCCUGAAUAUCCAGAAUCUGAAUCUGAAGCUUUUAAUGAAACCUUAUAUUUGAAAAGAUCAGCAGCAGCAAGUUUGUCACCGUCGCCAAAAAAAAAAAAGGAUUCUGAAGAUGAAGUUUAUAAUAAAACCUUAUUAUCUUUGAAAAGACCAGCUGGCUGGUCACCAUCUCCAAAUAAAAAGGUAGACAAAGUUCAGCUUAAUUCGUCCAUUUCCAUCAGUUCAAUUAAACGACCAACAACUAAUAUUGGUGCCUCUACUCAAAGGUCAACAAUAGUAAAAAAAAAAUUGUCUUAUAAUGAAUCUUCUGUUGAAAGUGAUGGCAAAGGAAUAAUGAGUUAUAAAAUCAGUGGGGAUGGAGAUAAUAAUGAAAAUAACUAUACUACUGGUGGUAACAAUAACGACAAUCCUAAUUCACUAAGAUUGGCUGAAAUCAAACAUAGAAAUAACAAAAGUCCACAAAUAAUAAUUGCAACACCUCCAGCAUCUAGAUCAUCAGUAACUUCAGAAGGUCUCAUUACACCAACUGCAGAACUUGGCUAGUUUACUUUUAUGUGAUUAUGCUGUUAAUAUUCGCCUAAUUUGUAAAGAUUUUCAAAAAGAAGUCCUUCAUGCUCUGUCUUUUGUAAGACAUGAAUUAAGAUGAAUAGUAAACAACCAAAGAAAUUUUACCCAAAGAUUUGAUGUAAU